GCGUCGGACAUCUUCUCGUAAUUUUGUGGUUUAUGCGCCGCAAAUUUCCAUCAAAUUUCUCAGGUGCUUUUGAGCUCUCGGAUGAGUUUUUGAUUACUUUAAGUGUCCACACUUAGUGCCUUUGUAAUCUGAAAUUUCCGGUGAUACGUAAUACAAGACCUUGCGCGUGUUUUAAUUUGUACUGUUGUACCGAAUGCCGAUGGCUAACAACGAUUCAUCAUACAUGUAUAUUAAUCAUGUUUAGAUACCUUACAUUUUAAGUUGAAGGGAAAUUGGAGGUUAUUAGUCAACUAAAUGUGAUAGUGGCGCUUAAAACUUUUGAUCAAGAUUAGAUGACAGCAGACGAAGAGUCGAUAGAAUGGAGCUGUUACAAAGAGAAUCGCUAAUCUCGUCGGAACCUGGUACAAAAGGUUUCGAUUUGUCCGCCGGCGGGAAUUGGAUUUAUCCGCUCAAUUACCAAUUCCGAGAGUAUCAAUAUACCAUAACAAGAAACGCACUUUUUAGUAACACUCUUGUCUGUCUACCCACUGGUUUGGGGAAAACUUUAAUUGCUGCUGUUGUGAUGUAUAAUUUUUGGAGGUGGUAUCCACAAGGAAAAAUAGUGUUUUUGGCACCUACAAAACCUCUCGUGGCGCAACAAAUAUCUGCUUGUCAUAACAUCAUGGGAAUUCCUAGCUGUGACACAAUCGAACUUACUGGUUCAAUGAACCCGAAAAGUCGAAAGAUAGCUUGGUUGAAGAAGCGUGUUAUAUUUGCUACCCCACAAGUAUUUCAGAAUGACUUGGAUAAAAAUAUCGCACCUGGGGCUUUAGUCAGGUGUGUGGUAAUAGACGAGGCUCACAAAGCUUUGGGAAGACAUGCGUACUGCGAGAGCCUCCGAUUACUGCGUACUCAGAGUUCUUGCCAUCGUAUUUUGGCACUUUCUGCCACACCUGGUAGUAGAAUAGAAGAUGUUUGUCAGGUAAUACAAAAUUUGUGCAUAUCAAAUUUGGAAUUGCGAGAUGAAACAUCACCUGACAUAGUACCUUAUCUCAAUAAGCGGCAAAUGGACAUUAUUCUGGUACCGUUAGACGACGACCUAUCCAAUUUCAAAGAAAAGUACAUUUCUAUCGUGGAUCGUUAUGUCCGACUUCUCGUUCAGUACCAUAUACUGAAAGGAAAGGCAAACGCAAUUAGCAAAGGAAGGAUAUUCUAUUUGUAUAAAGAAUUUAAAUCAAAGACCGUAAGACCUGCUAACUACGGCCAAAUCAUGAAAACGAUGAACAGAUGCAUGUCUUUGUAUCAUGCCUACGAUUUGAUGAUUCGACACGGUCUUCGCGCAUUCGCUUCUUUUUGUGAGACUCACUCCAACGAUUUCUGGAUGACUGAGGAACCUGACUUACAAAAAUUACUUGAAGAAAUACUAUUAUAUCUUGGACCAUUUCCAAAUGUUUCUCCUUUACCAGAUGGCAGUGUAAACGAAAUUCCAAAAGACGUGGUUUUUGGCCAUACUAAGUUUCAAAAGCUUAAGGACCUCUUAUUGGAUCAUUUCCAUAAGUUUGCUGCAAGACGCGAGGAGACAAGAGCCAUUGUUUUUGUUGAGUAUCGUGACAGUGUAAAUGAGGUGUAUGUCGCCUUGCUGCAAUUGAAGCCAAUACUUCGACCAAAAAUGUUUGUUGGCCAAGCAGGGCAAAAGCGUAAACAACAAAUGCAAGCGAUGGAGGCAUUUCGAAGCAACGAAGCUAAUGUUCUUAUUUCUACAUCAGUGGGCGAGGAAGGUCUUGAUGUUGGUGAAGUAGAUCUGAUCGUGUGUUUUGACAUAUCACAGAGCUCACCUAUUCGUCUUGUACAAAGAAUGGGACGUACUGGUCGCCGUCGAGAUGGUCGAAUUGUAAUGCUUGUUACCGACGGCAAGGAACACCAGUCGCUCAAGUCAACCAUAGCCACAAAAGAUUCUUUGAAUAACAAGGUGUUCCAUUCAAGCAACGUAGUUUCUGCUUUGUUUGCGGAAAGCCCAAGAAUGGUACCUCCAGAGUUUGAACCGGAAUGUUCUAAAAUGCAUAUUAAACUUCAGCCCAAGACACCAACUAGCAAAGGUAAAAGAAAACGCGAGAAAAUGGAGAAUGAUGUACCAAAAGAGAAUAUCAAAAAAGCAGUAGGCGUAAAAAAUAAUCCAGUUUCAUCAAUGCAACAUGAAGCUGAGAAGGCCAACUCCAGCCAAUCAUCAAUGUUACAAUUUCUUAAAAAAUCAAGUUCUAUUGAAGAUUGUGGUAAAGUUUCAAAUCAUGUAUUGCAAUCUAGCCAAUCAAUUUUACCAGCUGUACCAGUCUUGCAAUAUGACUCCAUAAAACUACUUACUGAUGAUACUGCAGCAGUUGAAUUCCUAACAUUAUGUGCAAUCAAGGUAUCGAAGUUGGAAGGAACAUUAAAUGAAUCUAACCGAAUUGACGAAACUUAUCUACCCUCAUCAAAACAUGAUGAUGUGGCAGAUUUCUUCAACUAUCCAGUACCUGAUUUAAGUAUUUUGAGUUGUAUUGCAUCAUUAGAAGAAUGCACAGAGUACAGGAUACCUGAAGUUACUGAAGACUAUGAAAUGGACCAAAUUGACAAUGAAGUGUAUGUGAUGGAACACAAUCAGCCAAAUCUCCUAGAAUAUGUUGAUCGUAACAGUGCUCCAGCGGCUGGGGAGUUUAACUAUGAAAACCUAUUCGAUGAUUCUAGCCAAUCCGAUGAAACUGUAUUUUUUGAUGAUAAAGAAAUUAAGCAGUCAGAUAGGAACUUGAAGGAACAGCUGCAGAAUGUAGGGAUGCAUAAUUUUGAAAACGAUGAUAAGGUAAAUGAUGGUGAACAAGCAUCUUUGCAGGAUAAAGGAGAUGAUUGGUAUGCAGAUUUACUACAAGAUGAUUUCUUUGAUUGUAUCUCUGAAGACCUCGUGAAUACAGUCUCAGAGGAUCAGAAGCAGGAAUGUGAAGGAGAUAAUGAGCCCCCUAGUAAAGGCUGUUUCGAAAGUAUUUUAGAUGAAUCUUCAGAUAGCGAAAUUCCUUCCAGUCAAGGUGAGCUAGAUACAAAGAGAAACAUGAGAAAAUCGAUAAGGAGUUCUAUCAAUGACACAAUACCUGUAACCCAGAAUGAAUCAAGCAUUGAAAAAAAUACAGAGAAAUCGGUAACGAGUUAUCUGAAUAAAGCUGUUCUAGGAACUCGGAAUGAUAAUCAUCAAUCUAUUAGCGAGAGUUCCAAGCCUUCAACGCGUCACUUAUGUAGAGUUGAUUCUGAGAGUAUACUGAAACCGCAAUUGCUGGUUAAUACACGCGACACUAAGGAAUCUGUGGAUAGUAAUAAACAAUUGCAUGGUAAUGAAAAGGAAGGAUCAUGUGCACUAAAUGUAACGGAUCCUGAGUCACGAUUUUCUCAAUCAAAACAGAAUGAGUUUUCGGUUUCGAGAAGUGAUAUCCAUUCCGGAAGCAACCGUUUCAACCGAGCUGCAGGACUAGCUAAUGUAAAAAUUGAUCAAUCGAAUAACAGCAAUGUAAAUGCAAAUCCGUAUUUGGACGAAGAUGACGACGUCGUGUUCAUCGAAGAAAUAAAUAUUACUGCAAAACGUGAUGAGAGCAGGACAAAUUCUAUUAACCAAGCACUAAACGAACAUUAUAAUUAUGAUGAAGAUGACGUAAUAAUCGAUAACGAAGUUACAGUGACAGAAAAAAGAAAUGCCAAUGAAACAGAUGCAGACACAGGUGCAUCUUCAAUAACGCAGAUAAUUCAGCUAAUUGAAAAUAGUAGUUCUAAAGGAUUAGAUUUGAGUAAAAUAAGUAAAAAUACUCAAAAUAUGUCAAAUUGUUGCAAAUCAAACUCAUUCAAAGCAUCGAAAAAGGUAUGGCCAAAGAGAGAUUUAUCACCAUUUGAGCAGAAAGUACCGAACCAUGACCUAAGCGAUAACAAUACCACUAUUGCCUCGCAUUACUUUAAUGGGAAUGAUAAUAGUAUUAAAAAUUCAGAUGUCGUUUUAAAAAUUGAGGAACCGCCUGAGAUUGAAUUAGACUUGUCUGAUAUUAAUUGGGAUGAUGCUUUUGAAGGUGGUGAGCCAUUUGCAGAUAAUAAUCAGGUCAGUGAUCAGCUAAACGAAACAAUAAAUGGAGCAUAUGCGAAGGCUGAUUUUAGAAAUCGGUUAUCUGAUAGGCGUGAAGAAAGUCUUUUAGUGAAAAAAGAAGGAUCGUCUGAAAAUAAUUUUGAUAGCACGAUAAUUCUUUCAGAGAAUACUGUGGACGACAAAAAAUCUUCAUCAGGAACAAUAGUUGAUUUUAAUUUAGGUGAUUAUGAGUGGGAUAGCGAUUUUGAAACACCUGCAAAUCCAGUUGAGAGUUUGAAGCAAUUUAAUAGGUUAAAUAAUAGAUCUUCGUCGAAAAAGGCUGAUGAUACCAUUGCUUCAAGGACUGCAAGCAAUCCAUUACUCUCCAAAUUAGGAAAAUCAAGCGCAGUUUCGAGCUCUGCAACAACCCCAAAAACAGAAUUAAAUACUAAAAAAAGCGAAGUAUUAAAGUCGAGUGAAAGUAGGAAAUAUCAAUUUGAUGAUGCUUUGGAUUCCGAAGAUGACUUUUUCGAACCUCAUAACAAAGGUAAAAUGGGUCGAGACAUUCAUCCAAAAACUAAUUACGUGUUGACCUUAAAUAAAACUCGCACAAUAUUGAAAGGGUCGAAAAUAUCGUUGCAGGAAAAAGAAAAUAUUGUACCAACCAAUUCAGGAUCUGAACUUACGAGUGCAUUUCCAUCUAACUCUAAACACAGAAACAUUAAAGAAAAGCCUUAUUAUAUAAAAGGUGCUGUUGUCGAUCAAAACAAAAUUACCGCGCUACAUCGUCAUUCGCUUAAGAGAAAGAAAUGUCGGGAUCGAGAACGAAAAAAAUCAAAGUUUAUAGAUUGCGAGGCUGAAGUAUCCCCUGGUACUACAAGUGGAUCUUCAGGAGAGGAUGCCGACUUAGAUGGUUUUAUAAGUUAUACUCAACAGGACCCUGAAACAGUUGAUAUGCAUACGCACUAUUUGCAAUCUAUUAAAAGUGUUCACCAAACUGGUACCUUCCACUUUAAAAAACCUAGAGUUUUUGUUCCUGAUAAUGAAGUAUUUUCCCAAGCUGUGCCCGAGGAUGAGAAUUCUACCUAUUUACUCGAUUCCUUCUGUGUGAGUGGUGGCGAAGACGAUCUUCAUGCAGAGUCGUAUGACGAGUCUUUUCUUGAAGUAACAGAAAAAAUAUUGGACUGUAAGAAGCGAAAACAUUCAAAACAUGGUAGAGCGUGUAAUUUGAAGAGAAGAAAAGUAGCCGAAAAAUUGUAUGAUAGCAAUAGCAGUGAGGAUGAGACUGAAAAUCUUAGAAAACAGAUUCUGGACGAAUCGAUGCUUUAUAAGAGAAAACAAUGAACAAAUUUCAUCGGAUCUCUAAUCGUUUUCAUAAAAUUUUCUAUUUAUAUGUUAACUCUUUGUAAAUAACAGUGUAACAAAUAUAUUGCAGUUUCAGCUCCUAGUAGAGUAGAAAUAUUUUUGUACUUCGUAAAAGAGAUUCUGUGUAUCUACAUUUUUUUUCUGUGAUAUAUACUCAUUUUUCCAUUGUUACAAGUUCGUAAAUAUGUACAUUAUGUUAUUCCAAUAGGUAUCUGACAGGAUCAGAAACCUGCUCACGAUAUACUUGUUGUAUUUAAAGCUAACAGUAAACUGAACUGUUCUAUCUUCUUCGAAAUUCACUGUUAUGUACGAUGCAUAUGGAUGUAUUAUACAUGUAUACACCAACAUAGUUGAGCAGGAAUUCUUCAUGUAAGCUACAAUUGACUUAGGGUGAAAAUAGGAUCAAUUCAUUACGACGGUAUUAUCCAAGGAAGUAUUUCCAAAUGCUGCUUAUUUUUUAUUGUUCUUACCACUUCAAAACAAUAGUGCAACGAAAUUUUAACAUAGGGUUAAACAAUGAUGUUAAUUUUUGUUUAAAUCCCAUACAUCCACACCCUCAAUGCUUUAUAUACGAUUUUGAGUUGAUAAUUAUUUAUAUUAUAGAAUUUUGUUAUAACACAUUAUGUUGCGUUACAUUUGUUGAACGAUUGCACAAAGAUACAUUUAGUAAUCGUGUAUACAUUAGUAUGAAAUACGAAUGACGAAUUAUAUAUAAUAAUAUUAUCGACUAACCACAAAGAGUGAAUGGAAAUUCCAUUGAGCAUUUCUACAGCUGUUUGCUCUUUGGUCCUUCUAAGAAAGAGAUCGAAAGAUUCUACAAUAGAUACAGAACCGUAAUUGACGGAAAAAUAUUUUUUGCCGGAAUGUAUUUUUCAUGUUUCAUUUUGCGAUAAGCGAAUUUUUAUGUUAACUAAAGUGUUUAAGUGGUACAGAAUAAACGGUUAUCUAAUUUCGUUGGAAACUAUA